AUGUCCAGGAUCCUGCUGACAGUGGUGGUGAUCUUCCGCAUCCUGAUCGUGGCCAUCGUCGGCGAGACGGUGUACGAGGACGAGCAGACCAUGUUCAUGUGCAACACCCUGCAGCCGGGCUGCAACCAGGCGUGUUACGACAAAGCCUUCCCCAUCUCCCACAUCCGUUACUGGGUCUUCCAGAUCAUCCUGGUCUGCACCCCCAGCCUCUGCUUCAUCACCUACUCCGUCCAUCAGUCGGCCAAACAACGGGAACGGCGCUAUUCCUUCCUCUACCCGCUCUUGGAACGGGACGGUCGCGAAACCAAGAAGACCAAGACGGUCAACGGGAUGCUGGCACCCAGCCCGGAGGCGGGCUGCAAGGAAGAACCCGACUGUUUGGAGGCGAAGGAGCUGCCCGGCCCUUCCUCCCGCAGCUCCAAAACCAAGCGGCAAGAAGGGAUUUCCCGUUUCUACGUCAUCCAGGUAGUUUUCCGCAACGCCCUGGAGAUCGGCUUCCUGGCCGGGCAGUACUUCCUCUACGGAUUCAACGUUCCGGCUAUCUUUGAGUGCGAUCGGUACCCUUGCGUCAAGGAGGUGGAAUGUUACGUUUCGCGACCCACCGAGAAGACCGUUUUUUUGGUCUUCAUGUUCGCCGUCAGCGGCGUUUGCGUCCUUCUCAACUUGGCCGAGCUCAACCACUUGGGUUGGCGCAAGGUCAAGGCCGCCGUCCGGGGG